AUGGCCUGCUGGUUGGGGGCAGCCUACAGAGUGGCGGCAGCGGGGGUCUUGCGGUCUGAGCGGCAACGAUUCAGCCUUCCUCGAGCGCCGACGGCGGCAAAGAGGGCCAGCUUCUUGGAGCAGCAACUAGAGGAAGCAGCCGGCAGCGCUCGCGCUGUCCAAGGGUGUGUGGCUAGCCCAACUACUGCUAAGGUGAUAGAUAACCAAAUGGAGAGUGAAGUCGCAAUGGGCUACACGAUGACUCAAAUCUGUGAUAGGUUUAUUGAGUUCUUCAUGCAUGAGAAGCCAGAAACAAAGGACUGGAGAAAAAUAUUGGUUUUCAGAGAGGAGUGGCAAAGAUACAGACCGCACUUCUACAAGCGUUGCCAAGUGUGUAUAGAUGUGGAAACUGACACUUCUGUGAAGCAAAAGUUGAUUGUACUCGCUAGAAAAGUAAAGAAGAUCGAUGAUGAAAUAGAGACGCACAUGGAACUCUUCACAGAGCUCAGAGAGAAUCCCACUGAUAUCAACGCUAUUGUCGCAAGACGACGAAAGGAUUUUACUGGAGACUUCUUCCGCAAUCUCAAUUUUCUUGUAAAUGCUUACAACGGCCUUGAUGAGCGAGAUGCAAUUGCCAGGCUUGGGGCCAAGUGUCUAUCUGCAAUUCAUGCAUAUGAUUGCACACUCCAGCAGUUGGACAUUGAUUCUGCUCAAUCAAAGUUUGAUGAUAUAUUGAAUUCUUCUUCACUAGAUGAUGCGUGUGACAAGAUAAAAGGAUUAGCUAAGGCUAAAGAACUUGACUCAUCUUUAGUUCUUCUGAUUAAUAGAGCCUGGGCUGCUGCAAAAGACUCUAAAACUAUGAAGAACAAGGUCAAGGAUAUAAUGUAUCAUAUUUAUACAACUGCAAAGGAAAGCCUCAAAAUCAUCUCACCUCCAGAGAUGAAACUUCUGAAGUACCUACUGAAUAUUGAAGAUCCCGAAGAGAGAUUUGCUGCUCUCGCGUCUGCUUUCUCUCCAGGAGAUGAGCACGAAGUCAAGGAUGAAGAUGCUCUUUACACAACUCCCAACGAACUCCACAAGUGGAUCAAAAUGGUGCUAGAUUCGUACCAUCUCAACAAGGAGGAGACGGAUUUCAUGGAUGCCAGAAGGAUGAGCGACCCGGUUAUCAUCCAGCGAUUGAUUCUUCUCAAAGAGACGGUCGAGGAAGAAUACAUGAAGCAAUACAUAAACCCUGAGGACCAAGAAUCAGAGGACAGGGAAGAACAAGAAUUUUGA